UGUCUGCUGCUGUUCACGGAGGGCUGUGUGGGGUAACUGCUAAAGUGGUUGCAAUGCGGCUAGUUAAGUGUUGCGCAUAGUUUUACCUCGAAAUACAUUUUCUUCCCCGUCAUCUUUUCAACCGGGCAGUGUUUGCAUCGGGAUAUACUGAAAUCAUGGAGAUUGGAACUGAAAUUAGCAAGAAAAUACGGGCUGCCAUCAAAGGAAAACUACAGGAGCUCGGAGCCUAUGUUGACGAAGAACUUCCAGACUACAUCAUGGUCAUGGUGGCCAACAAGAAAAAUGCACAGCAGAUGGCAGACGACCUGUCCCUUUUCCUUGGGAACAAUACCAUCAAGUUCACAGUGUGGUUGCAUGGCGUCCUGGAAAAACUAAGAUCAGUUGCUGUUGAGCCAACCUCUCUCAGGCCACAGCUUGACUCUAACACGAGUGGCCAGGUGUCCAAGAGCCGUGACAGUGAGAAGAGAGGAGAGGACUCCAGAGCCCUGACUGUGUCCAGCUCGCGCUCCGAUAAGACGGAAUCUAGAGUCUCCAGUUCUGCCCAUGACAACCACAACAGGCGAGGGUCUUCGGACAAGAGCAACGCGUCUCGCCUGACCUCGGCCGUGAAGCCCCUGGUUGAGGCUUACUCGUCCUCCGAGGCCGUCAUCGACAUCAAAGCCGACCUUGACGACAACCUUAUGACAGAGGAGCACAACGUGCCGAGCUUGCCACACAUGGGCCGGCCGCGGUUCACAUCUGGGCGCUCUGCAGCUUCGUCGGCAGCGGCGGAGGGACUCAGAUCGCGCGUGCCACCGGGGUCUUCUUCGCUGCGUAGCUCCGGUCGCACGGCGGAAGGGUACAGGCCCUCGCAGGAGCGCUCCAGCUCGGCGUACGGGCGGGGAUCCAGGAAUGGCAGCAGCAGCGGUGGUGGUGGUGGUGGUGGUGGCGGCGGUAGCAGUAGCAGGGACGAGCUGUCCCGCAAGAGGAAGGCCCCGGUGGCGAGCUCGGUGGUGCGGGUGCAGCGGCGGGGGGAGGAGGCACAGGACAGUGAUAACGUGGACGAAGACGAGGAAGAGGAGGAGUACUACAGCUCAAGGGGAGGCCUCUCCAGCAGGGUCUCCCUGCCCUCCAAACCCGAGCGCAAGCCCUCCCUUCCCCCAGCCAAGCAGGCCAACAAGAACCUCAUCUUGAAGGCCAUCUCAGAAGCACAGCACUCCAUCUCAAGGACCACAAGCUACACAUCAGCAAGCCAUACAACAGCUCCUCAGCGUCAGACGGUGCCGGUGCUGCCCCGGGCCCGCAGCAGUGAGGAGAUGAAGAGCGCCAUCCGCUUCGUACAGGAGCAGCUGCAGGGCCUGAUCAACCCAGAGGCACAACUCGGUCAGUCCAGGUCCCUGGCAUCUCGGCUGCAAGACGCUCCAGAAGUAGAGGCGUCGCCGCAGCAACAAGGCUAUGAUGCGCAACUACUUGAGAUGAACAGGCUCAAGGCGUUUGACACGCGCUCCUUCAUCGUGACGCGCCCGGAGGUGGAGGAGGCUCCUGCGUCCUCGGUGAGGCAACGGUUGGGGGCGGCCAUGCAGCAGCGGCUGGGGGCUGCCGUGCAGCAGCGACUGGGGGUGGCCGUGCAGCAGCAAGAGGAGGGCCCAGGGGCCCCUCUGGCCUCCAACACCACUAACACCAACACCACAGUCAGCAGCAGCAGCAGCAGCAGCCAUCAUGGCAGCCACGGAGGCAGCAGUGUCCCCAUCAUCCGCACCGUCCAGCCCAGGGAGCGCCUAGAGACAGCCCCUGCCAGCCCCAAGUUCAUUGUGACUCUGGACGGGGUGCCGAGUCCUCUGGCGAGCCGCGGGGAGCAGGAGCAGGAGAUGGAGGUGGAGGAGGAGGGGAUGGGGGUGCGAGGGAUGGGGAUGGGGGCCGGGGACGGGCAGCGGCCCACUCAGCCCUUUGGCCUGUUGCAUGCGUCAUCCAGACAUCUAGGCAUCCAGCGCAUCAGCGCCCACCAGAGGCUGCAGAAGGUGGCCAACACCAGCUACUCUGACGAUGAAGCAGACAUGGAGGAGGAAGACAUGGAGAUGAUGGAACAGGGGCCUGUUCCUGUGAAGAGACCCAAAGUUCUGGAACGCUGCAAGUUCUGGCCAGUGUGCAAAACUGGAGAUGAGUGUCCCUUUCAUCACCCGACUACCCAGUGCAAAACCUUCCCCAGCUGUAAGUUUGGCGAUAAGUGCCUGUAUGUCCACCCCAACUGCAAGUUCGAUGCCAAGUGCUCCAAGGCCGACUGCCCCUUCACUCACGUCAGCCGCCGAGGUGCACCCCACCCCCCGCCUCGACCAGUUGCCCCGGCGAUGGCGACGGUGCAGCCCAAAUCCACCUGUCGCUUCUUCCCCAACUGCAAGAACAUGGAGUGCCCUUUCUAUCAUCCCAAGCCCUGCCGUUUUGCAGGGCAGUGCAAACGUUCUGGCUGCACCUUCUACCAUCCUUCCAAAUGUGUGCCACCUCGCAGUGCCCUCAAGUGGACCAAAGCUCAAACCAGUUGAAAAAGAAUGGAAAUCGACUGCAGAAGACAAUGUUGGCAUGCUUCAGCCCCUGUUUGUUUUCUAGUUUUGUUAGAUUUUAUUUGACUGGAAAGUUGUCUUAUCCUGAUUUUAUUUUGCCAGAUUUCUAAGAGGUUAUGGAAUGUUUUUUGUUUUAUAUAGCUGCACAUGUUUUCAGAAUGUUGUUUGUGCAGUAAAGCGUUAUACAAAGUA